GAGGACGCCGGCGCCACUGUGACAUCACGGUUCGGGGGAUUUCUCGCUCCCCUUCCCGGAGCAGUGAUGUCGGAGUUUAGAGACGUCGCCUGUUUUGGAUUUGACGGCUCGGGGAACAGAGCAACGCUUCACGGUUUUACCACCAUCAGCCGUCGCCGCGUGUACCUGUAGUCUCGCCAAGCCCACUGAUCGGUCCAGUUAUGGCCGGUGUGGCGACUUCGAGCGGUCACCGACCUAAAGCACAGCCCCAUAGGCCUCUCGCUGCUCCCGAGGCCGUCGCCGCCGCCGCACCCCCUCCUCCCGGCUGGCAGGCGCAGGCUGGCGACAUCAGCGACGAGUUCGCGGUUUGCAGCGACAAGCAGGAUCAUCUGGAGAGUAAGAAGGCCGACAUCGAGGAGCUUUUCAAAGUGGUCCUGGCCAUCUCGCUGCCUCUGUCGAUGGCUCAUUACCCAUCUGAGCCUGCUGGCUCCCAACAAAUCUGGGUGCAGCUGAAGGGGAGACGCGAGCAAGUCAGAAAAGCCAAGGAAUAUAUCAAGGGUGUUUGUAAUCCAGAAUUUCGCCAAAUUGAGUGUUAUCCAAAGGAUAUGAAUUGUAUUUUUGAAGGAGCCGAAGGCUUGUUUCUCAAAUGUCUGAUACAAGAUACCUGUGCUGAUAUCUCCAUGGCAAGUGCUGGAGUGAUUGCCAUUACAGGAGGUACAGAGGCGGUGAUCAUGGCAAAAACUCGAAUACAGCAGUUUGUGCAACUCUUCAAAGAUAACCAAAGUUUACCAAACAAAAGGGAAUCCUCGAUUAAGAGGAACUUCAAACGUUUUAUAGAAUUACAUGCUGAUAAAUAUACAAUGGAUUUGCUGCUCUUGCCCAGUUCUGUAAAGGAGGAACUUAUGAAUCUUGCUGAAGAUGUACUUCAUCAUGAAGAACUUAUAGAUCUUACUUUGGAAGCUGAUGAUCAUUCACAAAUUGUUAAUCAUGAAGCAUUUAACUCCUCCCAAAACACUGAGAAUUCUGAGGCAAAAUCUAAAGACCUGCUCUCCCUUGAAGAAGCUAGAAAACAGGCUGGCACACCUGUAUCUGAACUUGCUCAGCAAAUGGACACAAUGCUUACACAAGUAACUCAAAAAUCAUUUGGUCCAGAAUCCGAGCAAAUAUCUUGCGAGGCAACUUCAGCGGGAAAGGAGAGACUGUCAUGCAAAAGAAGAUCAUCUUCUAGCGAGGACAGGCAUACAAAGCGUCAGUUUUCAGGAGAUAUUGAUGAAGUUGCAGCAGUUGUCACAACAACUAAAGUGCCUUGUAAUAACUUGGUCACUGAUGAUCUCGAUGUCUGUAAUGCUCUCUUAAUUGAACAGCAAGAUAAUCAAAUUGAAGAAGAUUCAACAGAUACUACACCAGAAAUGGAAUUCAACAUGCUUGUAGAAUUUUUUAGAACAAUGGGUUAUCCCAGUGAUAUUAUAAAAAGAGUCAUUAUUGAAAUGGGACAGAAUGAAGAACCAAUGUUACUGCUUAAAAGAAUUGUUGAAGAAAGUAAACAUUUGGAAGAAGAGGAAACUGCUGGUGUACAUCAGGCAGCUGUUCCAAGUAGCUCAAGUGCAAGUUCAAUGAAUGAACCAAAGAAAAAUCCACAAAGAGAGAGACUGGGAACUUGUACUUUCAGAACUGCAAAAGUUGAAGAAAGUAACACACAGUCUAAACCAGUAGCCAAUUAUUUACAAGACCAAUGGAACAAUGAGACACUACAUCCUGUAAAUGUAGCAUUGGUCAGUAAUGCCCAGGGCAACAAAGAUGAAGUCUUAAAAAUGCCUCCUACAUUCAGGUUAAUUAAUGACACUGAGAAUUUUCACCCAGUCAAGCAUUGUAAUAAUGAUUUAGUUACUGAGAGAAGAUUGUUAAAUGAAAGUGAUAUUGUAGCAAGAGGCAGUUCCGAACAGCCACUGUUGCCUGUGUCUUCCAAUCGACAAGUGGGUCCUUCAGUGACUGGAGUUCAGCGGUUCAAUGAUUUACUGAAAAGCCCUUACACAUUAACCCUAACAGGCGAUCCAGGGAAACCAAAUUUAAAACAUAUUAUAAUUGAUGGAAGUAACAUUGCUAUGGCCCAUGGAAUGAAAAAAAUAUUUUCCUGUCGUGGUAUUGCUAUUGCAGUGGAAUAUUUUUGGAAUCGCGGUCACCGAAAAAUAACUGUGUUUGUUCCUCAGUGGAGAACCAAACGUGAUGCCAAAAUAACAGAGCAGCAUUUCUUAACUGAACUUGAAGAUUUGGGUGUGCUUUCUUUCACACCAGCUAGAACUGUGUGUGGAGUAAGAAUUGCAUCUCAUGAUGACAGGUUCCUGUUGCACCUCGCUGAGAAAACUGGUGGGAUUAUUGUGACUAAUGACAACCUGAAAGAAUUUGUGUAUGAAUCUCCAGCCUGGAAAACAAUAAUUCAAGACAGGUUACUACAGUAUACAUUUGUUGGAGAUAUAUUCAUGAUACCAGAUGAUCCCCUUGGGAGGCAUGGACCCGGAUUGGAAGCUUUCCUGCAUCAAGCAGAUGCUUGCAGGGCUUUACCAGAGAGGGCAAAUGUAAUGCUUAGUCAAAAUAUACCCUUUACAGCAACAUCUGCCAUUUUUCCAUUCAUCUUGAGACAACCUGGGAUCCCCCCUUUACGAUCGAAGGAGGAAACUGAACAGCUAAAACAAGAGUUGUUGAAGAUAUUUCCUGAAUUCAGACAAAGGCAGAAAAUUGAUCAAAUUUUAGCAGCACACCCACACAUGAGGGACCCUAAUGCCCUGUCUGCAAUGGUGCUGGAUCAAGAAGAAAUUGCCAUGUAAUGGACCUUGAAAUGUUCAUAAUGUUAAAAUAUUAUUGGUCAUUUUUUGGGUACCAAGUCUAACUUCACAGUUGACCAGUUGUAGAGGGGUAAGGCUCUUCUUCAAAGCACCAUGAUUGCUUGUCUCAGAGUUGGGGCAGAAGAUGGCCUUUUAUCCAAAAACAUUGAGGCUUUUGCCCAGUCAGUGGCUGGAGUAUUUCUACUGGACAAUGAAACGAAACUUGUGGCAGUUUCUAUGAAAAUACUUCCAGCUUACAUAUCCUCCUCCUAUGACGACUGGAAUAAUGUUGAGUCAGACAUGUUUUUAUUUUAUUUACCUCUUUUCAGUCAAGUAUCUGUGAUGAUGGAGAUAGCUUGAAGAACAGGAUGAGGAAAAUGUGGUGAUGUUCUUCAAUUUCAACCCUUCAACAUUACUUUACAUAAAGUGUGAGAUCAGAAGGAAUGUUUAAAAAAUAGGUUUUUAGCAAUAGGUUUGCAAAUACUGAACAUCCACUGCAAGUUCAUUUGUAGACAACUCAGUGUGCACACAGGGAUGACAUUUUAUUUAAUUACUGGCUAUAAGAACAUGUAAAUAGUACAAAAAAUAUAUAUUUUUGUUCAUAUACCCAAGUGUAAAUUUCAAAGCCAAAUUCUUAGAUUGGUUAGCAACACGUUUUGAGAAUGUAUUUUGUUAAACAAAAAUUAGCUAGUAAAACCGUUGUAAACAUUGAACAAAGUGUUGAGAAUACUCCAAAUUGAUCACUACUGAAAUGGCUAAAAUCAAAUUAAAUUUACUUUAAUACUUUGUUUUUCUAGUAUACUACUUAUUUCUAACCUACUUUCUAAAAUGUUGUAUUCUUGUUGUCAGUAGACAAUAAGAAAGCUGGCAAUCGAGUUAAGGGAUUCCCUGAUCAUUCUGCACAUUUAUCCAGUGGCCAGAGCUGUAUAGACUAAGAUAAUCUAGAAAUUUUAUUCCUUAACCCUGCUGCAUGAACCGAUGACAUCUGUGGGCUCGUGUGAUUAAUGGCCACCUUUAUGUGGUAAUGGAGAGUGGGUAAUUCUGUGAAAUUGGAGCCUGAGAAGCAGUUAAUGACUUCUAGAAAUGUGAGGGAGAAAAGAGAAAACUGCAAACAUCUUGUAAGCUCUUGGAAAAUUACAAUUACAGCUAAGUGUACUUUUCUUUUAAGAAAAUGAGUAAUAUGUAUUGGAUUAUCAUUUUAUUUUUCUGCAGCAGACUGGAUUAUUGGGAUAUUAUGUGGGUUUAAUAUCAUUUGCAUCUAAUAGGAUGCUGAUCUAAAUGGUUUAUUUAUCCAGCGUUUUGUAUAAUGUUACUGCCUUUCAUCAGUUGUAAAAUUUGUUUCUUAGUUUGUAAAUAAUGUUUAAGCACUGCUUUUGCCAUUAGCUAAAGCAAGUGCUGAAAUUAGAAACAUUUUUAAAGCCUUUUUUCAGUAACUUGUAUGAAAACAAUUCAUAGGAUAUCUGAGGAUUGGCUGUUUAUUCAAUUUUUUUGUAUUUGAUCUGAAACUGAAGCACUCAGUAAUAUUUUUAUCUUUAAUUUUGCAAUAUUGUACAAAUGCCAUACUUUACAAUUCAGCAAGUUUAACUUGUAUCCUCCAGGGGUAAAGUAAACUUGACCUAUUUCAGUAA